GUACAUGUCGACUGCAUCUGGGUGGUCUUUUGCAAGAUCUGAUUGAUGCUCCGAUUAAGGAAGUUGUUCGGGGUUACAAUGUGACUGCGAAAUAUUUGGGACUAUUCCGGCUUGGUAUCAGAGUGAGAGGAGAGUUCUUCCACUUGAACAAGUAGAAAGCCUUAUCCAAAUGCCUUCUCAAAAGUCUUUCAUCACCAAGGUUAAGCUCGGCAAGGCUAAGAAGCAAAACCGCCCUUUGCCCCACUGGUUCCGUCUCAAGACUGACACCAAGAUCCGCUGGAACGCUAAGCGUAGAAACUGGCGCCACACCAAGUUGAACAUCUAAAUGAUUAAGCAACAAGAGGAAGUAGUUGAACUUUAUUAUUAUUAUUCAACAUUUAAGUGUGUAUGAAAGCUGUAAUAAAGUAUAUAAAUUCCUUUCUACAACAAAAACCAGAAAGAACAAAAAAGAAAGAGGGAAAAGAAAGGGGAGCUCUUGACUGGGGGUUUUUUUUACAGUUGUGGUUGGCAUGUACAAAUGUAUGAAUGCAUAAUAAUAUAUAAAAGUGUGUGUGUGCAAAGCUAGAUACAAUAUAUGAUUACUGACCAAAUGUAUUUUCACCAGAGUAGCUAAAAAU